AGAAUAGGAUGAAUGGUUCGCGCAUCGAUCAAGAGCUUUCUCGCGAUCGGGAGGGCGAUCGGCAGUCGCAGAUCCAUGGCAAUGCUUGCGCCCAGCGAGACCUGGCAGCUCAAUUCCUCUUCUCCAUCGCCCUCUUCCCUGAACGAUCUUGACGAUUCGCCCGCGAGAUACCAAGAACUGCUCACCACAACAGUAGAGCGAUUGCUGAGCUCCAGCCGCGCCGCAGACGCCGACACCUAUCUCUCGAUUCUCGCCCGGAUCGCCGACGCAGGAGCUCUAGCCCACGGCCGCCGGAUCCACGCUUUCAUCUCCAAACUGGGCUGUGAUCCCAAUCGCAACCUCACGAUCGUCCUGUGCGGCGUGAUCCGGAUGUAUGGCUGCUGUGGAUCGGUCUUGGAUGCGCGUGAUCUCUUCGAUUUCAUGCCCGGGAAGGGCCCAAUCGAGUGGAACACGAUGCUCGUGGUGUAUACCCAGAACGGGCAUCUUGAGCCUGGUAUGGAUCUCUUGCAAAGAAUGCCUCUCCAGGACGUGGUUACCUGGAACACCACCAUAGCUGCGAUGCUCCGGAAUGGCCACGUCCGCGAGGCGAAGAUAGUCUUCGAUCAAAUCCCCGAGAGAAGCGUCGCGAGCUGGAACACAUUGAUCACACACUAUGCCGAGAAUGGGGAUUUUGGCAGAGCUAGGAGGAUUUUCGAGGAGAUGCUCAUCGAGGGUGUGGCGCCCGGCCCAGUGACGUUCCUUGGUGCGCUGGGGAGCUGCGGGGGCGCGGCCUCUCUGCGAUUUGGGCGUAUGCUACACGAGCGGAUCCUGGAAGCGCGGAUGGAAUCCAACGUCCGGGUCGCGAGCGCUAUCGUGAGCAUGUAUGGGCGAUGCGGCAGCAUCGCCGAGGCGAGAGCUACCUUCGAUCGACUCCCAAAUCGCAACCGCGUGACUUGGAAUGGGAUGCUCGCAGCGUAUGCACAGAACGGGCAUAGCAUCCAGGCGCUCGAGUUCUUCCACACGGUGAUGAGGAGAGAAAGAAACAUCGCUCCAAACAGGAUCACCUUCCUGAGCUUGCUCGAGGCGUGCUCCAAUCUCUCGGCGCUCGAGGAGGGAAGAUCCAUCCACUCGAGCAUCAGAAACUCUCCCGGCCUGGAAUCCAAUCCCAAAGUCGUGAGCGCGCUCGUCACCAUGUACGCGAAGUGUGGCGAGCUCCACCUCGCAAAGAAAGUCUUUGACGAGUGCCAGAGCUGGAACAAGGACGCCAUAGCCUGGACCGCGAUGAUCCUCGCGUAUGCGCGUAACGGGCAUCCCAAGGAAGCGAUCAGGCUCUUGCCUCUCAUGGACAGCCAAGGCAUCCACACCGACAAAGUCACCUUCGUGAACAUCCUCGACGCUUGCGGCAGCAUCACCGACGUGAAACUCGGGAGAUCUCUCCACAAACUCUUGGAGGAAGAACAGGCCGAGAUGGACGUCCACCUCGGGACGAGCAUCGUCGGGAUGUAUGGCCGGUGUGGAAGCCUGGUUCGAGCUCGAGAGAUCUUCCACAGCAUGAGAGAAAAAGACACAUUCACCUGGAACACGAUCAUCGCUGUGCACUCUCACAACGGAGAUCCUCGAGGAGCUCUCGAGUUCUUCCGGCUCAUGGAGCUCCAAGGCGAGCGGCCGGAUCGACUGACUUGUACGUGUGUUCUUGCGGCUUGCGGACACGCGGGGCUUGUGGCCGACGCUCGCUACCACUUUGUGAGCAUGCGAGAGAGCUACGGUGUGGAGGCCGGGGUGGAUCACUACGCUUGCAUGGCGGAUUUGCUGGCCAGGUCCGGGAAGCUGGAACAGGCCGAGGAGUUGAUCCACGCCAUGCCGUUUGAGCCUCACAUCCAUCUCUGGACGUCGCUGCUGGGGGCUUGCAAUGUUCACAAGAAUGUGGAGAUUGGCAUCCGGGUUUCCAAGCACGUCGAUGAGUUGCUCCCGGAUUCUAGCUGCGGACAGGUGAUGCUCCGGAAUGUGCUGCUCUCGGGAACUCGAAAGUCGGGCUCGAGCGCUCUCAAAGUCUCGUGAAGAUGUUUGGUUCAUUGCCAACUCUCGGGGAGAGAUUCUUUUCGAGGAGAAGAUCAUGGUGCUGAGGAUCAUCGGUAAGUUUUUGUUUCUUCUUUUUGCAAUCACAGGCCGAUAUUGAGCAUUAGAAAGAGACGAAGCGUAAGAAGCAAAGCUUUAUGGGCUAGUGGCAAGGAUAAAGUCUUAUACUCCAACACAUUCUUCAUGCUCAAUACUUCACAGAUUUGGUCCAUCAAACGAGGAUAGUUUUUACUCAACAGGAGGAGCUCACUACUCAGAGAUUUCGCUGGAGAGUGAAUCAGCGACUUUGUGCAGGACUUUCAUGAAUUCGCAGCUUCCAUCCUUUUGACUCUCACUCAAGCUCACGAGAUCUUCCUCGAGGCAAAGAUCUUUCGAUGGUCAGAAAGCCAAGAUAUCUCACACCAUUUUUUGAGGCGUGCGUAGAGCCAGAGCUCCAAUCUUUUGGACGAGCCCAACUUACGCACGCUGCUCAUCCAUCCUCGUCUCUCAUUCAAGUGUAAGCGUUUGGAAAGUGAGGCUCCCGCUUCACUUCCGGUUUUACGUCAAGCUCUCGCACAAACGACGAAGACGUGUAAUCAUAACUCUCACAUAUACGUCGUAGCAUUCAAGGGGCGAGGACCAUGGAGGCCGUGAGAUCGAUCGAUCCAUCACGGGCUUCGUUUGGGCUGUCCACUUCAGACAUCUCGACUUCAUGUUAAGUGUUUCAGGAUAGAAUCCCCACAACUCCCACUUCUUAACAUGACACGAAGGAGAGAGACGUUUGAAAUAUUUUUAAUUUUAUUACUUGGUAAAUAAAAUUAUUAGAACA